AUGCCACCGUCGGCCCUUCUCUUUCUGCUCGUCGCCCACCUCGCCGCCGGCGAGCCCACAUCCACCACGGCCCUCACUGCCACCCCGUCGACGCUGACCAAAUCAGACCACGCAAUCACCCUCCGAUGGUCGGGCCUCCCCGACCCGAGUCCGCUCGACUACGUCGCCGUCUACUCCCCGCCGUCCUCCGGCGACCUCAAUUACCUCGGCUUCCUCCUCCUCAACUCCUCCGCCUCCUGGGCCACGGGUGCCGGCAGCCUCACGCUCCCGCGCCUGCCCGACCUGCGCGUCCCCUACCAGUUCCGCCUGUUCCGAGGACGACGGCGCGUUGACCAGCAGGACGGCGACACGCUCCCCGACGCCAGCCACCGCGCCGCCGUCUCCGGCAAUGUGGCCUACGAGGGAUCUGGCGCCCGGCCCGCUCAGCUGCAUCUGGCGUUCACCGACAAGGUGGACGAGAUGCGGGUGCUGUUCGUGUGCGGCGACGACGGGAGGAGGUUCGUGAGGUACGGGCCCGCUGGUCGGCGAGAGGAGGAGUGGGAAGAGGUGCCGGCGGAGGCGAGGACAUACGAGCAGCGGCACAUGUGCGACUACCCGGCGAACGACAGCGUCGGGUGGCGGCACCCUGGGUUCGUCUUCGACGGCGUGAUGAAGGGAUUGCAGCCUGGGACAAGGUACUUCUACAAGGUUGGCAAUGGCAAUGAUUCAGGAGGUUGGAGUGAGACAUAUAGCUUCAUCUCACGUGACAUUGAGGCCAAUGAGACCAUUGCAUUCCUCUUUGGUGAUCUGGGCACUUAUGUUCCUUACAACACCUACUUUCGAACACCUCAAGAAAGUUUGUCAACUGUGAAAUGGAUCCUCCGUGAUCUUCAAGCCCAUGAAGACAAAGCUGCAGUCAUUUCACAUAUCGGUGACAUCAGCUAUGCUAAAGGUUAUGCAUGGUUAUGGGAUCAUUUCUUCGAACAGAUUGAACCUAUUGCUGCGAAUACACCAUACCAUGUCUGCAUUGGAAAUCAUGAGUAUGACUGGCCUUCCCAACCUUGGAAACCCACCUGGGCUGCAAACAUAUAUAAUGGGAAGGAUAGCGGCGGUGAAUGUGGUGUACCAUACAGCAUCAAGUUCAGAAUGCCUGGAAACUCCUCUUUCCCUACUGGCACCAGUGCUCCUGACACUCGGAAUCUCUACUACUCAUUUGAUGCAGGUGUUGUUCAUUUUGUUUACAUGUCCACUGAAACUGAUUUCACUCAUGGCAGUGAUCAGUACAACUAUAUAAAAGCUGACCUUGAGAGUGUCAACCGGAGUCGAACACCAUUCAUCGUGUUCCAGGGUCACCGACCGAUGUACACCUCAAGCAAUGAGGUCAAGGACACAGCUCACAGGGAGCAGAUGAUUCAGCAUCUGGAACCUCUCUUUGUGAAACACAGCGUGACACUUGCUCUGUGGGGGCAUAUUCACAGGUAUGAGAGAUUCUGCCCCAUGAAGAACUAUCAGUGCCUUAACACGUCGUCAAGCUUUGUGUACCCUGGUGCUCCUGCUCAUGUUGUGAUCGGGAUGGCUGGGCAAGAUUACCAGCCAAGCUGGGAACCGAGACCUGACCACCCCAAAGUUCCCAUAUUCCCUCAGCCACAGAGGUCCAUGUACCGCAGCGGUGAGUUCGGGUACACGAAACUUGUGGCCACAAGGGAGAAGUUGACACUAGCGUACAUUGGGAACCAUGAUGGGCAAGUCCAUGAUAUGGUUGAAAUACUCUCGCGGCAAGUCGAUACUGAUAGCACACCUGAUGAGCAUAAGCUGGUUGGUGUGAUGCCAAAAAAAUUGACAUAUAUGGCAAUUGCUGGCUGUGUGAUGGUUGCGAUGCUGCUCGGUUUCAUGGCUGGCUUCGCUGUUAGAAAGAAGACGGACUCUGCACACUGGACUCCUGUAAAAGAUGAGGAAUCCUAA